GCGCCGGCCACCCACGACCCUCGAGUGGCGCCCCCGGGACCCUCCGAUCCGAGGCUGCCGGCUUUCCGGCGUGACUCAUCCCUUCCCGGGUGUCCGCGUCCCCACGUGCGUCUUUCCGCGGCGGAGCCGGGAUCGGGGGGCACUAUGAACGAAGAGGAGCAGUUUGUAAACAUUGACUUGAACGAUGACAACAUUUGCAGUGUUUGUAAACUGGGAACAGACAAAGAAACACUCUCCUUCUGCCACAUUUGUUUUGAGCUAAAUCUCGAGGGAGUACCAAAGUCUAAUCUUUUACAUACCAGAUCACUUCGGGGCCAUAAAGACUGCUUUGAAAAAUAUCAUUUAAUUGCAAACCAGGAUUGUUCUCGAUCCAAGCUUUCCAAAAGUACUUAUGAAGGAGUUAAAACCCUCCUGACUAAGAAGAUAAACUGGAUUGUACAGUAUGCACAAAAUAAGGAUAUGGAUUUGGAUUCUGAGUGUUCCAAAAAUACCCGACAUCACCUGUUUAAUUUCCGGCAUAAACCAGAUAAGAAAUUACUCCCACAGUUUGACUCUCAAGUGCCAAAGUACUCUGUGAAAGGGAUAGCUGGGAGCACCGGUGGCCUCUCAAGCUACACACAAAGAAUUUUGGAGCAGAGGGAAAAUACAGACUUUGGGCUUGCUAUAUUGCAAGACUCAGAUGCGUUGUGGCCUCACAAACACAACCAGGCACAGAAAAAAGAAGAGACGAGCUCUGGUCCAGAGAAUGUCCAGACCCAAAAUCCACGUUAUAGCAGAGAGGAACUGAAUUCAAUGACUCUUGAUGAAGUAGAACAACUGAAUACAAAGCUCCAACAGCAAAUCCAGGAAGUGUUUGAAGAGUUAACACACCAAGUCCAAGAGAAAGACUCUUUGGCGUCUGAGCUCCAUGUCCGCCAUGUUGCUAUCGAGCAGCUCCUCAAGAACUAUUCCAAGUUACCAUGCCUGCAAGUGGGACGGGCAGGACCGAGGUCACACCUGCCCAUAAACAACUGAACUGAACGUAGCGUCUGACUUUUACCCUCUGUUAGUCUGCCAAGCAUGUGUACCUCGAACACAUUUGAAGAAAGUUAUAGUCCAUUCUUACGGUUGUUGUACUUGCAAAACCUAAGAUAAUAUCUAUUAUCUUAAUCUAAUAAAGAAGGUCACUCUAGUCUAGGGUUAAUCAUUUGGCUUCAUUUGGGGACUUUUUCUUAUAGUCACUAAAUGCCCCUCCCUAACUUUUACCAAUACUGUUACUGUGUGUUUUUAUUGGACAUUUUCCAUUGUAACUCAGCUGUCAGAACAGUAGAAGCCUAAUGAGGUCUUAUGUUAGUCUGAACUACCAGAGAUAAUUUUUGAGAGGGAAGUAGAAUUCAUAAUAUCACCUUAUUUAUGAGCAAUAUUUUAAUAUAAAAUUUUAUAUAUCAAAUUGCUAUUUUGGGUAUUUUUCAUUGUCUUUGUAAAUGUGUGUGUGGAUGGCCAUGUGGAUUUGCACUCCAGUGUGUGAAUAUGUUGCCCCAUAUGAAGAUCCUGGCAUUUUGGGGACACACUGUUUUUUUUAUAACUGUUAUCUUCCUUUCCAAAGAUAAAUAUGUUUUGGAUAUUAUUUGGAGAAGCAGUCUACCUAGCUGAGCUGUUUAAAAUACUAAUAGCAUAUGAAAGUGAGAUUAAUCACUCUCUAAAGCAAGUAUCGGAGAAACUAAAGCCCAUUACUGGUUCCUAAGGGAAGCGGUUCUGAAUUAGCUUAGGAAGGAAAUACCAUCCUGCUUCUUGGUUGUCCAUCGCCAUCAAUGUAGAAGGGCCACUCUGCUUCUCAACUCUUGUGACUUUCUCUGAUGUGCUUGUUUGGGGGAAGAGUAAAUCAUCUCUCAGCCCUGAGUCCAGUGGAGCAGUGGAGCUCCUGGCCUCACACUGUGCUUGUCUUAGUUGUUUUGUUUUUUGGGGGGCAGGGGAUAAAAUUAUGUGUGUCUCUUCACAUGCAAUUCCAAUGACCUGCUAACUGUCCAAAUUCUGCUAGCAGCAUCACUGAAAUUAACCCCCCCCAAAAAAAAGGAAAGAGAAAAAGGACCUUUCCAAGUUUUAAAAUCUAAAGGGAGAGAAGAUUACGGAUCAAAAAAAAAAAAAUCAACACUCAAUAACAUGAGCCUGUUUUUAAAAAGAUAUAAGCUACUUAGAUUCUAGAUUCUUAACUAAUAAAAGCUAUGACCAAUCCAAUAUUAAGACAGGCUCUAGAUGGUUUUUAACUGGUGCUAGACUUUAAUGUUGAACACAAAUGGUAUUCUAUUUGCCUAAGCAAAAAAAAAAAAAAAAAAAAAAAAAAAAAAA